AUACAGUACACUUUCUGUAAACACAAAACUAAUAUGCUCACGGAUAAAAAUUUGAAUUCGUAAUUUAGUUCAAAUUGUUGAUUCUUAGAAUGGAAGGAUCGGAUUUUUUGAGAGUUUUACAGACUGAGAUUGAUAUUUUGUUUAAUAUUAUGAAAUAUCUUGAAGUUUCUGAUGUAUUUAGUCUGGAAGUAUCCCAUGAAAGUAUUGGAAGAUAUAUUGGAGAAAACAACAUGUGGAAAAAAUAUUUCGAAGCAAUCAAGUUUAAAAAUAGAAAAUUGGACGACUUUGAGAAGAGAUGGCGUGCUUGUAAACAAAGGAGAAUAGAGAAAGAAGAGAAAAGAAGGGAAAGAAAAAGAUUGAAAAAAUCAAUUGAAGAUUCUGAUGAUGAAUGUCUGAUUAUUGAUGAAUCUCUAGACGAAGAAGAACCCCCGGCUGACGACUAUAGACAAAUUUUGAAAACUUGGGCAAAAACGCAGGAAAACUGGCGUACUGGGCGGUUUAGUGAGAUUAGUUUGGCGGUCAAUUUUAACAGAGGCCACAACUACCUUCUUAACGCAGAAAACUUGAUUGUCUCUGAAACAGAAAUUGGUUUGACUAACACAAGGCAUCAAUCUGAUGUAUCAAAGGGGAUUCUCAAAAUAACUUCAGAACAAGGUUCCUAUACGACGCUUGUUCUAAAUAAUAAAGUUUGGAUUAGACUACAGCAAUUACCCGAACCUGAGUUGAUCAUUUGCCAUCUAGAUCAGUGUACAGAGGAGCAAAGGUUCCGUGUGAGAUCUACAGAUUUCUGCUCAAUUCGUCCAGAUUCUUGCACAUGGAGCUAUACAGACCCAUUCCUAGUUAGAUUGACUGAUCGAAUGAGAUGUGACAUGGUAAGACUAGAAGGAGGAGGAAAUUGUUCUCCUCAACUCUUCAAUGUUUCACUAGCUGCGCCGGGCAAUCCUAGACUGAGUGAUAUUCUUGCUGUGAGUGAUAGUGGAUUCAUAUUGUCUACAGAUGAUAACCGAAGUACAUCAUAUCUUUGGAACAUUUCUGGAAUUCACUCAAGGACAAAAGUACAUCAGAGUUGGAUGCAUAAUCUACCCUUCUCCUUCCCUCCCUUGAACAUACUUAGCACUGCACUUAAGAUUCCUCACUGUCUGCUGGGUACGAGUGGGGGUAAAGUGAAUAUAUUCAAUGUUGAAACAAAUUCUUUAAUACAUACUCUGUAUCAUGGUAAUGAAAAGGGAGAUCCUAAACCCGUUCAGCUGAUAAAACUGUUGAAGCAAUUUAUUUUAACCUACUCUGGAUCGGAAACAGUCAGAGUUUGGGAUUCUGAACUAGCAUUUUCUCAGCAGAGCAAGCAUAGCAAAGCAUUAGUUUGGAAGCGUGACAUGAGACAUGGGGAAAUCCUUGAUCUUGACGGAAACCAGACCCAGAUCCUCUCCCUGGAGAACAGGCAGGGGGAGUUCAAGCUUGUCGUCAGGGACUUCUUCUCCUCAGACAAGGAAACAAUGGAGAGAAGAGAACCAGAAGAUGACAAGAGGAGAAAAUCUAGAAAAGAAAACUAAGAAACCUGAAGCAUGAAGAAAUAUUCACAUACACUUUCUAAUGUGUCUUAUGAUAAUGCAAAAUGCAAGAUAAACGCCGGAUGAAAAAAUAUAAAUUUUGUUUUUGA